UUGAAUAAAUAAAUUUAAUUUUAAAGAUAAUUUAAUGAUAAAAAGCUAAAGUUGCUAUCCUCAUAAAAAAAACAAAAUGAAAUAAUUAAAUUUUAGAUUGAUAUUUAUUAUGUUACUUAUAUCAAUAUCACUGUAAUAAUAAAAUAAAUGCAAUAACCAUCCUGCCUUAAAUAAGAUAAUAAAUAUUUUAAAGACAGUUGUUGGAAACAAUAAUUAGAAAACUACAGAAGCAAUAGAUAGAUUUGAUAAUGAGUUUAAAAAUAGUAAUCCAACAAAAGCUGAUUCUAAUAUUUUAGGAGUCUGCUCUUAGUUUGAAGGAUAAGAGUCAUGUUGUAAUAAAAAAAAAAUGAGUGACUUUUUAGAUAAGAUGGCGUUAUUCAAAGUAUAAACAAUUCAAAAAGAAAACAAUAUAGUCUAAAAAUUAUUUAAAAUUUUGGUUCAAUAAAUUAAAAAAUGUGAUUGCUAAAUGAAACCUAAUACUCAAAAACCAUAAUAAAUAGAUAACUUAAAACAAAAUAUGAAUUUGAAAUAACUAUAGACUUUAAUAAAUAAUCUAAAUAAAUGUAACAUGAAAUUUUAAACCACUGCCACUUAAUUUCUAAGAGGAGCUCUUUGCUCAGUGUGUUCUGGUAUUAAUAAAAUUUCAGACUACUUUGAUAAUACACAUAGCCUCUUAAUUAACUAAGACAGUGCUACUAAAUACUAAAGCUAAAUAGAUUCUUCAAUAGAAUGUUUUUCAAAUCUUGUUACCAUAAAUGGAAAUAAUGAAAAUCCAGGUAUGAUCUCAAUCAUUGAAGAAAUAUUUAAUUACUACUUUCUAGAUAAAACUUGUUAUAAUAAGAUUGUUUAAAAGAUAUUGGCUAUUUUUUAAAAUAAUAGUGUUUCGCCCACUAAACCUGGAUCUUCAGAAAAAAUUUGCUGCCCAUAAAUUGUAUACAAAAUAUAGGAUUAAUGUGAUUAAAUAAUAUAAGGUGAUAAUUAAAUUGAUUAAUUAUUAAAUUAGAGAUUACUGAGAAACGACUUAACAUUAAAAGAAAACUAUGAUAGAAAAUUAUAAUAAAAUUUUAAUCAUGAUACUGAUGCUAGUAUUGUAAAAUUUGGUGGAGUAAAUAUAUUAAUUACAAGUCAGCUAGAUGAAUAAAUUAAUGGCAUUGAUAAUAUAAUUGAUAUUUCAACAGAUUAUGAUACUAAUUCAAAUAAAAUUUACUAAUUCUCCAUAAUUUUUAUGCUUAUCCUGCAAGCCUUAUUCUGA